UAUACUUCAAGCAUGAAGAAAUCCAGGCAAAAAAGCAAUAAUUCUGGCCCAAACUUCUUCCUACCUAGAUUCUUUCCAAACUUCUAAGAGGAAGGAGGUUACAGAUGAUAUUUGAAACAAAUUUUCAUGAAUAUCUGCUGGGAAACUGAAUGUGAAUAGAGGGUAGCUGCAGUGUCACCUGAGGAAUGGAGAGCUGGGUGAUCCAGUGCAGUACAAGGAAUUAAAAAUCGUAACACUAAAAAAAAUCCUAGAACACUAAAAUCCUGAACACAGAUGUGCUUUUUCUGGGAGAAAGACCUCAAUGCAAAGUUUAUUAUUUCAAUGGAAAAAAAUAAAACAACAAUCAUGAACUUAAAGGUACCAGAGGGUGGUACUGGAGAAACAGGACAAGAAAGAACUAAGACAUUUACCUAUGAUUUUUCCUGUUUCUCAGCAGACAGUAGAAGUCCCAACUUUGUUUCUCAAGAAAUGGUUUUCAAAAGUCUUGGUACAGAUGUGCUUAAAUCUGCUUUUGAAGGUUAUAAUGCUUGUGUUUUUGCAUAUGGACAGACUGGAUCUGGGAAGUCCUACACCAUGAUGGGAAAUGUGGGUGAUGAAGGUUUAAUACCUCGAAUUUGUGAAGGAUUAUUCAGCAAAAUAAGUGAAAAAACAAAGCGAAAUGAGGCUUCCUUUCGAACAGAAGUCAGUUAUCUGGAAAUUUACAAUGAACGUGUGAGAGAUCUUCUCAGACAGAAGUCAUCAAAAACUAAUAGUUUACGAAUACGAGAACAUCCAAAAGAAGGGCCAUAUGUUGAGGAUUUGUCUAAACAUUUAGUGCAAAAUUAUACUGAUGUAGAGGAGCUUAUGGAAGCGGGAAAUCUAAAUAGAACGACAGCUGCAACUGGAAUGAAUGAUGUCAGUAGCAGGUCACAUGCCAUUUUCACAAUCAACUUCACUCAGGCUAAAUUUGGUUCAGAAAUGCCUUGUGAAACUGUUAGCAAGAUUCAUCUGGUAGAUCUUGCUGGAAGUGAGAGAGCAGAUGCCACUGAUGCCACAGAGGUUAGAUUAAAGGAAAGAGUGAAUAUUAACAAAUCUCUAGUUACUCUGGGAAAUGUAAUUUCUGCCUUAGCUGACUUAUCUCAGGAUGCGACAAAUCCUCUUUCAAAGAAGAAGCAAGUAUUUGUGCCUUACCGGGACUCUGUGUUGACUUGGCUACUAAAAGAUAGCCUAGGAGGAAACUCUAAAACGAUAAUGAUUGCCACUAUUUCACCUGCUGAUGUCAAUUAUGGAGAAACUUUAAGUACACUUCGCUAUGCAAAUAGAGCCAAAAACAUCAUCAACAAGCCUACUAUUAAUGAGGAUCCUGACGUCAAACUGAUCCGUGAGCUGAGAGCUGAAAUAGCCCGAUUAAAAGCCCUGCUUGCUCAGGGGAAUCAGAUUGCACUCUUGGAUUCUCCAACAGCUUUAAGUAUGGAAGAAAAGCUACAGCAGAAUGAAGCAAGGGUACAAGAACUCACGAAAGAGUGGACAAACAAGUGGAAUGAAACUCAAGAUAUCCUGAAAGAACAAACCUUGGCCCUGAGGAAAGAAGGGAUAGGUGUUGUGUUAGAUUCUGAACUGCCUCAUCUUAUUGGCAUUGAUGAUGAUCUGCUCAGUACUGGUAUAAUCUUAUAUCACUUGAAGGAGGGCCAAACAUAUGUUGGCAGGGAAGAUGCUGUGACAGAACAAGAUAUCGUUCUUCAUGGCCUUGAUUUGGAAAGUGAGCAUUGCAUCUUUGAAAAUCUCAACGGUACUGUGAAUCUAAUACCACUGAAUGGAGCACAGUGUUCUGUGAAUGGUAUUCAGAUUACAGAGGCCACACACCUAAACCAAGGUGCUGUUAUAUUACUUGGAAGAACCAAUAUGUUUCGCUUUAACCACCCUAAAGAAGCUGCUAAGCUAAGGGAAAAAAGAAAGAGUGGACUACUGUCUUCCUUCAGCUUGUCUAUGACAGAUCUUUCAAAAUCUUGUGAGAACCUGUCAGCAGUUAUGCUUUAUAAUCCAGGCAGUCUUUUCCCUGUGAAAGGACCGAUCUGUCUAAGGCUAGAAUUUGAGAGACAACAACGAGAGGAGCUUGAAAAAUUGGAAAGUAAAAGGAAACAAAUAGAAGAGAUGGAGGAAAAACAAAGAUCUGACAAAGCAGAACUUGUAAGAAUGCAACAAGAAGUAGAGUCACAGCGCAAAGAAACAGAAAUAGUACAGCUGCAAAUUAAAAAACAGGAAGAGAGUCUGAAACGGAAAAGUGUUCACAUUGAGAGUAGGCUAAAGGAUUUGCUGGCUGAAAAAGAAAAAUUUGAGGAAGAGAGAUUACGGGAGCAACAGGAGAUAGAGCUUCAAAAGAAAAAGCAGCAGGAAGAAAUUUUUGCACGGGUCAAAGAGGAGUUGCAGCGACUACAAGAGCUUAAUCAUAAUGAAAAAGCUGAGAAAAUGCAGAUUUUCCGUGAACUAGAAAAACUUAAAAAGGAAAAAGAUGAACAGUAUAUUAAGCUGGAAUCAGAAAAAAGGAGACUUGAAGAACAAGAAAGGGAGCAGGUAGUGCUGGUGGCUCAUCUGGAAGAACAGCUUCGAAGAAAGCAGGUCAUGAUAGAGCUUCUGAAGAGAGGGGAUGUACAAAGAGUUGAAGAAGAGAAAAGAGAACUUGAGGAUAUUAGAGAAUCUCUUUUGAAAGUCAAGGAAGCCCGAUCUGAAGGUGAUGAGAACUGUGAAGAGUUAGAAAAAGCGCAGCAUGAUUUUGUAGAGUUUAAAAGGAAACAACUGGAACAGUUGACUAUUUUGGAAAAAGAUUUAGUUCAACAAAUGGCUCACCUAGAAAAGGAAAUAGCAGAUGAGAAAAGAGCUCUGGAACAUUUAAAAUUUGCAUGUGAAGAAUGUUUAAAUCUCAAGAGAGAAGAUGAAAACUUUUUACUCAAGACUGAAGAAGUUGACAAGGUAAAGCCUGCAGAGUGCAGGCUCCAAUCUAAAGUACGCCAGCUUGAGUACCUGAAGAGUAAUCAUUUGCCAGCUUUGUUGGAAGAAAAACAGAGAGCUUCUGAAGUCCUUGGUAGGGGCUUGUUAGGGUUAGAUAAUACUCUGUAUCAAAUAGAGAAAGAAAUAGAAGAAAAAGAAGAGCAGCUUGCCCAGUAUAGAGCUAGCACAAAUCAGCUGCAGCAGCUUCAAGAAACCUUUGAAUUUACAGCCAAUGUUGCUCGUCAGGAAGAAAAGGUUCGGAAAAAAGAGAAAGAAAUCCUUGAAUCAAGGGAAAAACAGCAGAGAGAAGCACUGGAGCAAGCUGUUGCUAAGUUAGAAAGGAGGCAUUCUGCUUUGCAACGUCGUUCAACGAUAGACUUUGAAAUUGAAGAGCAGAAACAGAAGCUUGCCACAUUGAACAACAGCUGCAGUGAACAGGCAGGUCUGCAGGCUAGUCUAGAAGCUGAGCAGAAGGCCCUCGAACAAGACCGAGAACGAUCUCUUUAUAGCCUGGAUCAGGAAAUUCAGCAGCUGAAGCAAAAAUUAUACGAAGGUGAUGGUGGUCAGAAAGGAAGUCAUGUAACAGUAGAAGAGAGACUCUCCCGUGUUACCUCCCCUACCACUCCAACAAAGCCACAGCCAUCUGCUGCUCCACUAGUUGAUGAUAGGAUAAAUGCCUUUAUUGAACAAGAAGUGCAGAGAAGGCUACAGCAUAUUCAUCUCAAAGCUGAGGAUAAUGAUGUUAGCCUGUCCUGGUCUACUGAAAGUUUAAAGGAUAAUGAGAGGCUUAAUAAUGGCACUGUUCAACGCAAGUUGAAGUAUGAGACAGCUCAGCGGUGGCAGCCACAUUAUGGCUUUCCAUUUAUGUCUAAAGAUGGCAAUUGUACUUCUGAGUUGUGUGGAGAAAACGCAGGAGUAAGAGACCAUAAAAGACAGAAGGAAUAUACAGAGAUGUGGAAUUUAUUUUCCAGUUCUGGAAAGAUCUCCUCCCCUUUUACAUCAGAGAAGGCAUUUGAAAAUGAAAAGCUUAUUUCAGAACAGGAGAGCUUUGCUUGUCAUUGUGACAUUGAAAGUAGUUUAAUUCACUCUAAAAAUAUUAAUACUUUAAAGAGUAAGAAUGUUCUUUAUCAGAAUGUUUUAUCUACUUCUUUACAAAGUCAUGACUUGAAUAAUGCUGCUUAUUCGCUCUGCAAGGUUGAAAAUUCCAAUCAUUUUGAUGAUAAAAUAAUUACUUCUCCGAAUUCUGACAGCUCAAGAAGUGAAUCUGAUUGUUCGCUCUCCCAACAGCUGUCUCCUUUAGGAUCCUUAAUGGGUGCUAAUGAGCAGGCUGGCUUUAACAGCAUAUCGUGCAUUCUCUUUUCUCAGUCUAAUGUGCAUUCUGAAAUAAUAACUUGUAAAGAAAACAGCCAAUUUAAGACAGUGCACACGACAAUUGGAGACCAGUCGAGUAAUUGUCAGCUUCCAAUGCAAAAAGCCUCAGAUUUGAUUUCUUCUCAGUCAAUACCUUCUCAUUUUGAUGUGACCCCAGAGCACACUUAUGGUUUGGGAUAUCUUUUCAGUAAGCUUUCCUGCCUUUACAAAGAUACCAGUAGUCAACUGUUCAACAGUACGGUGGUUUCUAAACAAAUUAAAGAGUUGGGAAGUUUGUGUGACAGAAGUGAAAGAUGUGCACAAGCAGUAUCAUUAAUAAAAAGUCUGCCGUUUAUUAGAAAAUUGCAAACAAAUAUGUUCUUCAAGUCAGAUAUAAAUCAAGACGUGUCCCACUCUACUGAUGAUGUCAAAGCUCAUACUGAAAAAGUAGUUCAACCUGAAUCCCCUAUGGAAGAGGCUAUCACUGUGUAUGUAAGCACCGAAAUCUCUGAUAGCUGUGCAAGAAAGCCAUCUGAUGGAUUUGUGUCCUGUUGUAAAAAUGAAGAACUAGAAAACAGUGUUGUGUUAAGACAGAAAUUUGUGUGUUUUCCUGAUCUCUUUUCCAAGCUUCAAGUCUGUUCUCUGGAAAAAGUGCUGGAACUUUUGACCUCUGCCUUACCUCAAAUCUGUAUUAGAACAGAGGAGUUGAAAAGUAUAUAUUGGCUCGCUGUUGGUGAUUCCAAGAACCCUAAUCCAGAACCUGCUUGCUUGCUUUUGUUCAGCUCUGUUCUGUAUAUUGUUGUUUCAUCAGUCAAACAAGACAUCUGCCAGAGUUCCUUGGCAAUGUUUCAUGAGGUUCCUAUUGUCACGAUAAAGGAGAUCCAAGUUGGCUUUGCUGGACAGAAUAUUAGCCUUCUGUGUUCUGCUGAAGAUGGUUUACUCACAAUAUUUACCUAUAACAAACAUUUCACUCAAAGAAUUUGCCAUGACAUAAUGAGUGUUCUGUUUCCUGUGUUGGAUGAUGCUGUUUAUUUAGAUCACCAGCUUUUGAAAGAUGAUUUGAUGCAGAUUUCGCUUGACUGGACAUCAGAAGUACAUGACUUAAUAUUUUCAAAUGGAGUACGAUUGUCCUGUAAAUUUAGAACUGAGUUAGCUGAUCUGGUUUACUUACUCCAUGCAAAUAUGGGAAAUAGUAAACCUUCACUAGGUGACAUUCAUGUACUACUGUAUACCUCAGUGAAAGUAGACUGUGCUAAGCAGACUUUGUAUAGAGCACUUGUUCUUACAACUACUCAUAUAGGUCUCUUAAGAGAAAAUAAGGUCUUUUAUCCUGCACCUAACUUUUUGGAAGCUUCAUGCCAGCGAUCACAAUUUGACAGCCUUCAGUUGUACAGUUUGAAUGAUAUGCGAUGUGUAGUUUUGCCAGACAAAGAGAAUUUCACAAAAAUUGAGCUUGUCUUUUCUAGAAGGAGCAAGGUUGGAUCUGAUUCAGGAAUUGUUUUUUCUAAAUACUGUGAAGAAGAAAUAAAUACUCAACUGACAGUCAUCCCAUCAGUUCUUCAAAGCAGUUUGCGUAUCCCUUCAGAAAUAUGGAAAUUAACAUUCAGUUCAAGUGAAGAAGCCAUGUGGCUAAUUAUGCAUCUGACUAGGUGUUGAAAUCCAAAUACAUCUAGAUACAUUCAAAAUAAGAGGCUAAUGAAUAUUGAUAAAACCCUUUUUAUUUUUUUUCCUGUCAUAUUAAUAAGCAAGAGUCCUUUGAACCUCUAAGGGAACGCUGUAGGGUGUACACACACGUCUUAGCAAAAGUCAUUAUUACUCGAGCGCUUACUUUUUGCGAGUCUCUAAUAUGCUGCACAUGCAUCUACUUGGAAAGGUUAGGAAAUUAAAUAUUUCUAUCUUACAUGGAUCAAAACCAUAAUUACAGCUGUGUCUUCUGAUUUCCAUUUUGGCUGUUGUUUCUGGCUCCCUCCAUCUCCUGUCGAUCUUCAUUAAUGUCUUUUCCAUUCCUCCUUGGUUGUCUUUUCCCUUAAUCUUGCUGAGUAUCUUUGUUUUCAGGCUUCUCAUCUAUUUUAUGCCCUCAAUAUGUUUCAAACCAUUUUUUGUCUGAACUGUAGUGUGCGUUUAGUUUUCUAUGGUACAUGCACUUUGUGUUCUUAUACUAAGGACAUUUAUAGCUUUUCUACUUACGGAUUUUUGAAGAAUGGCAUUGACAAUUCUCUUCAGAGUUUUGCGUUGAGCAUUAUUGCACUCUUGCAUUAAAGUUUGUCACACAUGCAAAAGUAGUUGUGUUUGGCUUAUUCUAAGUUGUGUUGGCUGAAGUACCAGGGAUCAAUGGAUUUACGAUUUCUCUUUUCUCCUGAGCAAAGAGAGUGUAGGCUAUGUGGAAGCAGUGAAGCAGAACAAGAAAAAUGCAGAGAACAUUCAAUAUAAUCUUUUUAGAUUUCCCACUCCCCUCCUUUCCUUGCAGGGAAGCAAUGCAUGCUUUAAGUCAUUCCUACUUAAUUUGUCAAAACAGUUAAUGUGAAGUCCCCUGCAAUAAAAUAAGUCUUUAUAUUCCCUUGAUGUGAGUGUUUAAGGAAAAUAUGACGUGAGAAUGAACUUGACUAAAGGGUGUAAACAGUGCUUUAAAUAACAUCUCAGCCUUUGGUCAUGCUAUUGUACUUGUAGCAAGAAAAAAGUUUUGGGGUUUGUGAUUUGCAUACCUAUUUCUGAUACUGUUAAAUGGACAGUUGUCAACUGGGGAUACUAUUUCAAGGAUGGAGUAAGUUUAACUCUAAAUUUCUUUUCAUGUAAUGUGCCUGGCUUGACUUUCCUCUUCUUCCACUUGCUUAAUAAUGGGGUUGUUGAUGCUGUGAGACUGCAUCUCUUGCAGUCUCUUCCAUAUUAUAUUCCAAGAAAUAAUGGAACUAUUGAACAUUAGUAAAAUGUUUCCAUUACUUGAGACUUCCCUUGAGCUUAGUACAAGGUUAUUCUUUAGCCAUUACUUCUGUCAGGCGUUCUAAUCAUAAAUAAGAUGAUGUCUCCCAUCUUUUAUUUCUUCCCUUAUAAAGGGAGCUGAAUACCUUUGAAUCCUGCUGCUUGAAUCUCCCAUCUGCCUUGUUUGAGGAAGAUGGUCCUUGGCAGAAAAAACAGUGGUAUCUAAUCUGAAAUUCUAAAUUCUAUAAGCAUAUUGCCAGUAGAGGUGCAAUCUUCUACUAGACAGAGUUAGACUUCAGUCUCUCUACUAGCGUAAGAACAUUUCCCAUUUGUUCUUGCCAUAUGUUAAGACAGGAUAAUGUAAUUUACGUGGGAUUUGAAAAGAAAUAACUUGCAUUGGUUGGGGAAGUUGUGUCUGGAAGAAUGAAUGCUGGUUUCGAUAGAGAAUUCAGGUUUUUUUAGAUCUUAAUAAAACUUUCUAUUGCCUUAAGGAAGUCCAAGGAUGAGCAAAAUGUGUCACAUUAUUUUGAGGUAUGGUUUUUCUUUUUAACAAAAAAAGUAUAUAGAAAUAUCACACAGAACGUAGAGCAGACAGAGUAGUUAUGAGUUGGAGCAUAACCUCAUGUCAGUCCAGGUCAAGAGUGGCUCGUACAUUGACAUAUCAGUAAGGUAUUUCUUCUAAGCCUUGUCAAAAGUUGACAUUGAGUGGUACUAUGUGGGAGGACUGUCUUAAUCAAGGCUAUUAAAUGACAGCAGCUUCUGCAAAUAAUUCCUUUUCAGAUUAUGCGCCAAAGUUAAAUGUUUGUGCAUGCUGUGUUCCAGAUAACAUGGUUUUCCUCCUUUGUGUUUGUUUUCAAAUGUAACUCAUGAAUAUUCUGCAUGAAUGAAGGAAUGACUCUAUGGCAAUAUCUUUUAUACUACUGUAAAUGAAACAUAACAUAAUGAUCAAUGUUUGUGACUAUCAAAACGUUAUUUAAUGUAUUAGGGUAUGUUUUUCACAGUACGUUAUGUUUGACAUUAUUUUCUCUCUCUACUAUUAGCUGUUUGUAAUAGUUCCCUGAAAAUGACUGUCAAUAAAUUACAUGUUGACAAGAGGUGGCUUUAAGAGUGACUUUAUGGUUUUGUUGUUUUAAACCAGAUGAUAUUGUUGUCAAGGCAAUGAACUCUUUCCCCCAAGGAAAGAAUUGCUUACACUUGUGUGCUCCGGAAAUAAGUUUUCCUUGAAGAGCCAGUAACUUGGUGAAAAAUGAAGGAAGGACAAAAUGGAGAGGACAAAACAUUUGUCAUGCCAUUGGCAUUUAUAAUUUACUAGUAAUGAAAUAAUAGCCUUCCCUUCUUGAUAGCUAGCUGAGGGUGCCAAAAAGCUGUCUGUAGCAAACAACACACGGAGGGACAUUUAUGAAUGAGUUUCAAACUUUCCUCCAGCUCCUACACAGCAUCGCAUGUACUGGGAGUCACCAAGAGUUGCUACAGAGAGACCAAGUGGCAAUGAGGAGAACCGUGAGCCAUAUGCACGUGUGGGGAUAGUGUUGGUCAAGCCUGAAGAAUUUUGACCAAGCAACAUUUCUCAUGGUAGCAGCUAAGGGGUUGAAAAUGAAUGUUGAGAAUGCAAUCUCUAUAUAUGCAAUACACAAAUGUAUAACACGAUCUCAACUGUAAAGUGAUAGUUUUAAAAUCUUUUUGUUGUCAUUAACAUACAGUUGUUAUGAUGCUGUUAUUCUUUUAAGUACAAGUUCCCUAAGUUUUUUAGACUGAAUACGUUCAAUUGAGAAAGUAGAGGACUUCCUAAAAGGCAAUUUAUGUACUUAUUCACUGUAAAUGCUUAUGCUACUUUUGGAGACACUCAAUGCAAAGAACUUUUUUGCAGUUGCAAAAAUGUUUUAUUUUUGACAUAACUUCAGUUACAGGUUCCAUCUGGCUGUUAGUCAGAGGAAUGUGUCCUUAUUACAAAUACCUCUUUAGACUUUUUUGUCAAGACCAUGAAAAUUUAUCAUAAUUGAGUUUUCUGUUAAUUAGAUAUGGUUUAAAGAGAAUAGUAGGAGACUGUUCCAACAAUGGAUUCCUAUGUUAUUUAUACCUUGUUCAAUUAUAAAAUGAGUUUGGAUUUAAAAGUCUAAGAUAUAGGCAAUUUCUGAAUGGCCUCGAUCCACUGGAGCUUUGCAUGAUACUGUAAAUAGGUUUGUUAUAUAAGGACAUACAAAGAGCGUGAAGACUUGGUUAUUUUUUUCAAAGAGAGUUAAUACAAAGUCUUCUGAUUUCCCUCAUUUUUGAUAUCUAAGCUGAAAAUGCCUUUUCAAAGAACAAGCAAUAUUCUUUUAGACUUUCCACCUCAAUUUUUUCAUGCAUAACAAAAUGCUAGGGCUUGCUUAUGAAAGGAGAUCCACUUUGUUUUCAAGUAAUUCCUUUAUUUUUAAAAUAAUUUCUGCUCCCUCCAUGUUGUCUUUCCCUGUUCUUCUGGCAAAGAACACU